GGCUCGGGUUCACCUGAGCAGGGCUCCUGUGUCUGAAAUGGUAACUGUAUCUUUAAGGCGCUUGCCUACCCCUGUCUGCUUUGUGUAGCGAGUGUGGAGAGUCACGCCAUCAGAACAUGCUUUAAUUCUGAAAGGUAGAGGUGGAAAAGGGGUUAAGAAACGUUCACCUCUGGAGCAACAAUCGACUAGUUGGGCAAGGAUACCGUUGUUUCGUGCGUGUCGGAAAUGAAGUCCACUCAAUUUUUACUAUCCACUGCACUUCUUUUCCUUCUAUCUGGACUUUCCAUGAUUACCGCCUGCAACAAGGCUCUCUGUGCCAGUGAUGUCAGCAAGUGCCUCAUUCAGGAGCUGUGUCAGUGCAGGCCCUCUGAUGGGAACUGCUCAUGCUGUAAGGAGUGUAUGCUCUGUCUGGGCACACUGUGGGAGGAGUGCUGCGACUGUGUGGGGAUGUGUAACCCCAGGAACUACAGCGAUACUCCGGCUACCUCCAAGAGCACGGUGGAGGAACUCUACCGACCCAUCCCCUCACUGUUCCGUGCACUCACCGAGGGCGAAGCACCUAUCAACAUGAUGGUAGUAUCCUUCCCCGUGGCUGAGGAACUAUCUUACCAUGAGAACCUGGUGUCUUUCCUGGAAACUCUGGAGGACCAGCACCAAAAUGUCUCCCUGACCGGGAACAGUAUCCACACCAGCUACGAUAACACCCAAAGUACUGAAGAUAACAUGUGCACUGUGGUGUACUUUGACGACUGCGUGUCCAUCCGCCAGUGCAAGCAAUACUGCGAGUCCAUGGGGGGCUCCAAAUACCGCUGGUUCCACAAUGCCUGCUGUGAGUGUAUCGGCCCAGAGUGCCUCGACUACGGCAGCAAAACUGUCAAGUGUAUGAACUGCCUGUUCUGAUUGAAGCCAAUAGGACUGGUGACAUUAGGGUACUGUGUUCAAACUGCCACAAGGGGGCACUAUCUGGAGUAGCAGAUGGUGAAGGGUAACUGAGGAAUAUGACUUUCAUAAUGCUUCAGUAUUUUUAUGUAUUAUGAAUUAUUUUUGCUCAUUUUUAUAUUUUAUAGGUUCUUUAGCAAAUUAGAAAUAUAUCGUUUUGAAUUUUUUUCUAGUUAAGAGGAGAGGUCAAUGUUUUAAUGUGUAAUGCAAUGGCAUUUUAUUUUUGAUGUCAUGGAAAAUCAGAGUAAAUGCUAUUUGUAUAAUUGUUUUAUCAUGUGUUAUUUUAGGAAACAACGUCCAUAUUCAAUCAAACUAAUAGCCAGCCAUUCACAUGUUUGAUUUUAUAUGUGCAGUUAAAAUGAUUUGUUUCAUACUGUAAACAUUAUUUUAAAUCAAGUAAUUUAAGAUAAGUUCGGCCAGACAUAUAGGACAUGUUUGGUACAGAUGGGGUAAGUUCAACUGGCCAGACAGAUGGGACAUGUUUGGCUGACCAGAUAGGAUAAGCAUGGUUUGUACCGUGAUGGAAUUUUGUGUUUUCCAGGCCUGGAAAAGUUAGGACAAGUUCGGCCAAAUAUGAUAAUUUCAGAAAUAAGUUUGGCCGGCUAGAUAGGAUAAGUUUGGCCAGAUGAAACUAGUUCAGCUGGCUGGCCCGAUAGGACAAGUCAUCAAGACAGAUGGGAUAUAUGUUCAGCUGGCUGGACAGAUACCCUAUCUGGCCAAUUGUCCAAACUUGUUAAGUUUUGCCAGAUGGGUUAAGGUUAGCUCGCUGGACAGAUGAGACGAGUGCAGCCAGAUAAGUUUGGUAGGCCGGUCAGACAGAUAAGUUCACAACCGGGGACCAGCAUGUGGGGGUGUUCGGGGUAUCUGAGCUUCAUCAGCCAACACUAGAUAUUAGUUAAUCAAAUCUUCCCAUUCCGGCUUAAUUUGGCAUGCCUUCUUAAACAGCCAAACUUUAUACGCAUUCACACAUCAAGUCUUCUCUUGAGUUGGGCUCAGGGAUGGAACAACUGUUGAACAUUUGAGUUGGGUGUGGGGGUAGGUCGAACUAUGGGUGGAAAGGGAGAGAGGGGCAUGCAUCCCACAUCAGUUGACCAAAAUGUAGAAUUCGUACUACCGGCCAUUAUGGGUAGCAAUCAUUAGAAGUGCUUAUUAUUAUGCAUAUUAUUUGUCAAUUGUGGGAAUAAAUUAGGAUAUGCAUGUUUUUUGAAAUAUGCAGUACAACUGAGGGGAAGGGGUUUGAAAUGAUGUUCGCUGCGGAUCUGGUUCUGUACUGUAGGUGGCACCAUGUGCUCUUUUUAAAGGAUGAGCCCAUAUCUCUUGAAAGGCCCUAGGAUCCAUGUGUAAAGGGUUGGUCAGACAUUCACUGGAAUGACAACCCUACAUGGGAUGGGGGUGGAAUAUUGAAGGACAAUUAGAGGUUUCCUUAGUCGCAGCUACGAUAUGCUUAACAGUGCAAAUAUUAUGGUACGGUUUAUAUGGACACUCAAUUACCAUGGUACUUCUUAAUGGUAAGUGGUGAAAUAAGUAUAGCUAGUUAAAGUUGUAUGUAAUGGUGUUGCAGAUAGAUCGUCUUGUUAUUGUCUGUAUCUGGCUAAAAGAGAAGGAAUAUAUUUAUUCUUUGCAGGAAACUCAUUCUACACUUUUAGACAAAGUUGUAUGGACAAAAUUACUGGGGGGGGGGGACAAAGAAAAGAACAAAGAAA